AUGGUUGUCUCUCAUCAUCGUAGCUUGAAGACGCUACCGUCCGCGAACAUCACAAACAAUAGCGACGAUGAAGACAAUGAUUACAAAUUCGACUUUACGUCAUUCCCAACCAUUGCAGACCCCGAGCAGAACAAAGGUCAGACUUUAUCGCAUAUGAUAACUAGCACACUAAGAAAAGUUACCAACAAUGCCAGCAAUUUAGUACAUAAUUAUUCCAAGGUGUCCAAUGAGGAUAGAACAAAUGAUUCAAUGCAACAAACAGAAGACGAAAUCGAUGAAAAUGCCAUCAAUCGCAACUUGGAGAGUAACAAUAACAAAAGCAUAGCUGUAGGCAGCGGCGGCGAUGAGAGUGAAAGAAUUGAGAAUGUCUCAGCUGUGAGGUCCCAUAUUCCAAUGAUAAAAUCAAGCCUGGCUAGCAAUAAAAAGUCAGUAAGCUUCCCUGUUAGUCUGCUGAGAACAUCCAAUUUAAUAGCCAAUUCAAGUGGGGAAGGGACAGUACUAAUAGGUGAUGUAGGCAAUAGCCCCGAACUCAGCUCUGGAUCUGAAACUGUACUUAAGUCUGGACUGGGACCAGGAGCUGCAACCAGUUUAACUAUUGGUGAGUCUACGGUAGGAUCUGGGUCGGGGAACGAGCCUAUGGCCAAAGAGAACCCUGGAAAAUCUGCACCCCAGCAACUCCAAGGUUUGCCUAUACCAUCUUCUUCCAAUUCUAACUCUGAUGACUUGAAAAGUUUACGAUCGUUUAUGUCGACGACGUCAAUUAAUACAGAAAGAGCUGCUACAGAGUCACCACCUCCCAGUUCAGCUGCAACUCCUACUCCACCACCAUCUAGCCAGGGCCAGCAUAGCGCUCGGCCGUACAUUACUCCACGUAUUACUCCCAGAGUGCAUUCCAAUAGCAAAACAUUAAGCUUGUCUACUUUGUCUAUUCCCCGGCUUCAACCCACAUCCAGCACAACUGACACAUUGAUCAAUAUAAAUGCUUCUGGUGUAAGCGAGGCAAUACGACCCAGUUCAUCUGCUACAUCUUCUACAAGCCCUCCCAAAAUCAGUAAGAAGACAAGAAGGAAUGAAUCUGCUCCAAUUGGCACGCAGUCGAAACAGGCUAAAACUCAAAAUCCAAAAAUUGACAGUCAAGAUUCUUUACAGAAUAGAAUAUCUUCGAUCUUCAAUAAUUUACCAAAUGACAUUGAGCUAUCGGAUGAUGAUUCGACUUCUGAAACUGAAACUAUAAAUAAUCAAAGUUUCUUGAUAUCCCCUCAAAGGCAAAAUUCCAAGAAACAAUCUCCGAAGAACAGAAAGGGUACAUCAUCAAGUCAUAAUAGUAAUACUCCCACUGGCAGUGGCACUCACCCUGCAAAGAAGAAUUCCCACGGACAUCUUUCUUCGGUGAUAUUCGACAACGCCAAAUCAAUCAUUAAUAAUGGUAUAAACAAUGUUGUGAGCUCGUCAUCGAACUCCAUAAUUUCAGGAAGAAAAGAAAAGAGGCAGAAGAAAAAGAAGCCCAAGAAGGCUUCUGAUAAUCCAUUAAAAAACGGUGGUAUCCCAAGAUUCUAUUGGAUGAAUGAUUCCUUCGUAUCUGACUGCUUGAACUGUUUCAAGCCAUUUACUGCCUUCAGAAGAAAACAUCAUUGUAGAUUUUGCGGUCAAAUUUUUUGCAAUGAUUGUACUUUAUUUAUAUCAUACUCACAGCAUAAAGAAGAAAGAAAGAAAGAGAAAUUAGGUGCAGUUGUACCUUCUAACACUGCAAAGAAAAAUUACCCUGAUAAAUUAAGAGUUUGUAAACCAUGCUACAGUGAUGUUAUAGUUUAUCUUAGUGACGACUCUUCUUCAUCCUCGGAUGAAAACUCUGAUUCAGAAGAUGUCAAAGCAGAUACGUCUUACGUAAAAUCUUCGACACCGGUGGGUCAGACUAUUCCAGAAAUAGAAGGUGGAAGCUUUGAAGAUUCCAAUUUAGUACAUCCUCUUUCAAGAAUCCGAUCUCGUUCUACUAAUUCCAGGAGAAAUAGCAUGAUUGUUGAGAACGCGUAUAAUAAGGGCUUUUUGGCUUCAGGGGCCCCUUCAGAAUUUUCUGAUACUUGGUCUCCUUCAAAGCAAAAAAGACUACCUAAUUCGAAUGGAAAUAAUGGUAUUCCGAUGACCCCUGAAGUGGCAAAUGGAAAGGCCUUACCUGGUCAAGGUCUACUUAUGGCAAUUCCAACGACUAGAAAAGGAGAAUCUGUCGAAAUACCUAUGCCAAUUGGUAGUUAUAGUAGUACUAUACUUGGAGGAGGUCAAUCAACGACAAGCUUAACGGGGGGUAAUGUGAAUGGAAACCUCCUGGCUACCCCCACAAAUAUAUCUACUACUAUUAAUAGUAAAGCAUGGUUGAAAAAUUAUACUUACAAUCGCAGUAACCCUGCUCAAAAUCAGGCGGUUAACAAUAAGGGAAAUAAUUUAGACAACCUAAGUCACAUUUACUCAAAUUUUAUAAAGAAAAAGUCCAACCCGAAACUUCAUGAAGCAGAUGAUCAGAAUCACAAAGGCGAUGAAGCUAACUUUGACUCUGAUAAAAGCUCAGAUGAACCUGACGUCGAGAGUGAUAAUGAAGAUGAACAAGUCAUGUCGUUGUAUACUUCGCUCAAUCAUCACAAUGGAGGUGUUACUGUGCCCACUGUUCCUACAUUAUCAAAUACGGGUAUUAUAGGAAGCAGCUCCUCACUCACUUCAAGAGUCCCCAGUGGCCAGUUCCAGGCCCUAAACCCAAACUCAAAUGGCAUGCCUUUGAAUGUUGUGGUGCCGACAUUGGGAGAAUUUCCGCUGAUGUCUGGUGGAAGCGAGAAUAGAUUCCCAAGACGACAAAUGCUCCAAUCUGGAAAUGUGAACCUUUCUGCCAGUGAUGGUAAUCACAAUGAAACCAGUAAUGAUACACUGGUUCUUUCGAAGCUCUUUCAGAGCAGCCAAUCAACUGAAAAUAGAAAGGGUGACAUUUUAAGCGGAGAAGGAAAGUCUAUAUCAUUUAUCGAGGACAGGCCCAAGUCUGAUAUAAGAUCUCACGAAAGAGCCCAUGCUUCAUUGCUUAGAAUGAGAUCUCGUAGAAAAAGUAAAUCCGUUAGAACUGUUCUGUUACUAACUCACCAAAACAAUAGUAACAAUAAUUCUAGCUUUUCCAACAAUAAUUUUAACACAAGUGGAAGCGGUAGACUACCAAAAAUUGAUACUUCCUUUAAUGCACAUUUUGCAUCUAAUUCACCUAGCUCAACACCAAUUUCUCCAACACCAAAUUUCAACUCGAGUACAAGUUUAAGUCAACAAAGAUCAAACGAAGUUGCUAACGCAAACAGCUCGUUGAAUUUGUUCAGCCCAGCACAAGUGCUGCUGCUGCUGGUUAUCAAAAGGACUGGAUCUGCAGAAGAAAUGAUGCCCGUUACUCCAAUUUUAAGUCAUGCUAGUAGAACAAGUGGUGAAUUUGAGAAUGAUAUGAUAUUGGAUGAUUCUAUAUAUAAGUUUGAGCCACUUAGAGAUGAAGAUGAUGGAGAAAGGAAUGACAUCGAUGGAUUCAUUACAACUGGAGAUUUUAAUAGUUCUGUCGUUCACUUUGAGUCUCCUUACAAGUCAAAUGAAAGUAUUUAUGAAGAAUUCUUGAAUAAUAUUUUCGUUCAGUACCUUGAUGAUUCAGGCAUGAAAGAAAAUCAAGAUAGAUGGUCAACUACAAUCAGCAAAUUAUUUUGUUCCGUCGAUAAAAUAAAGAUCACUGACACUUUAGAUACGAAGCAGUACAUUAAAAUAAGAAGAUUGCUUGGAGGUAAAAUUGAAGACUCCAAAAUAGUAGACGGAAUUUUUUGGACAAAAAAUAUCGACUCGAAAAAGAUGUUAAGCUCUAUCGAAAAUCCAAAAAUUGCUUUAUUGAUGUUCCCAAUUGAGUACCUCAAACAAAAAGAACAAUUUAUCAGUUUAAGAAUUGUCCACUCUCAACAAGAUGUGUACGUCACAAACUUAGUGUCUCGUUUGAUCUCUUUGGAGCCCGAUGUCAUUGUUGUGGGAGAUACUGUAUGUGGUUUGGCCGAACAGUUAUUAGAAGAAGCAGGUAUUACAGUUAUUUCUAAUACCAAGCCCCAAGUUAUAGAAAGAAUAUCUCGGUAUACAAAAACCGAUAUUUUCCAAUCAGUGAAUGACUUAUUUUUUAAAAAAGGAUCACUUGGUACUUGUAAAAAGCUAGAGGUCAAAAAAUACUUAUAUCAAAACAUUAUAAAGAGUUUUGUGUUUUUCACUGGAAACGACAUAUCCUCAGGAUUUACUAUGGCACUCAGAGGAGGAGAUGCAUCAACAUUAAGAGUAGUCAAAAAUGCAACUGAGAGUACAAUACCAGUAAGAUUAAAUGCAAAGUUCGAAAAAGGUUUAUUCGAAGAUCAUUACUUAAUAUUUAGAGACUUUGGUUAUCAUACCGAGCAGAUUGUCCAAACUUUGAAUGAUUUAAAAUCAAUUAAGAAAUUAUUUGAAGAAAAUCCAGAGAACAGUAAGCUAACUCUUGAUGAUUCUGAGAAAGAGGGCUAUAACGAACUCACUUCUGAUCCUGAAGAUCUAAGUUCAGAUCCUUCUUCAAUUUCUGAAAAUACUAAAGUAAUUGUUCCGUAUGCACCACUUGAGAAGGACCUAUCCGAGCUAUUGAAUUAUAACACCGAAAUAUCUAAGUUCGUUUCACAAUUUGAUGAGAGAAUAAUUGCAUCUUCCCCAGCAGUAAAGCUUUUACUUCCUGCAUCACUUACGAACUUAGUUGAAUCGUACAAAGUGCUUGCUAUUUUUUACUACAAAUUCAAACAAAUUCAAAAUGCACAAUCAAUUAAUGAGUUGACUAACCCAAAACUCAUAGAAGAUCAAUUUUUCAACAUACACAUUGAUCUUGAUAAGCUCCCAUAUAAGGAGACGGACUUACUCAAGAUAUUGAAAUACAGAUCUUCCAUUUACUUGAAAACAUUGAAAACAAACUUUCAAUCACGAUGGAGAUUAUGGUCAAACAAUAUGAGCAGUAUCACGUUGGAUCCACAAAAAAGAAAUAAUAUAUACGUAUUAAAUUCUACUGUGUCUAUAAAGUAUGCUACUCCGUGCUAUGGUCCGGUUUUGGUAGUUACGGAUAAUUAUACUGAAAAUGACUUAUGUUUAGGACUAUUUUUGGACAAGAUUUUCACGGAAGCUUCCAAAGUAUGCUCAGAAUGUGGUGAUACCUAUUUGAAUCAUUAUAGGACCUAUAGUCAUGGAAACGGUAAGCUUGAUAUGAUAUUGGAACAGAUACAGGACAAUAUCACUGCAAACGUAUACAGACAUGAUCAUACCCCGCUUUCAUCUUCUAAUCCUGCGGACAGUCCAUCAAGUGACAGUAAGCGUUACAUGUGGAGUUAUUGUACUAUUUGCAAUUCAGCGACUCCAGUUGUUGCGAUGUCAGAUGAAACGUUCUACUUAUCAAUUGGAAAAUUUUUCGAGUUAUGCUUUUGGGGGACAGGCGUUAUUAUUAAUUCCCAUGAAUGUGGUCAUGAUUUCUUUAAGCAUCAUGUUAGAUAUUUUGGCUACAAAGACUUGGCAAUAAAAAUGGUUUACAGCCCAAUUGAUACAUAUGAAGUCAUAGUACCCAAAAAGCAACUAGAAUACCUGCCUGAUAUCGACAUUCAGUUAAAAAUUGAUUCCCUUGACUUAAUCAGGAAGAAGAGUAGUAGUUUCUUUUCGAGUAUCUCUAAUAGGUUAAACAGAGUGAAAAUAGAUGCGGCUGAUAAGGUUGAUGAUGGUCUUAGAAAGAUCGAAGAACUUAAGGCAUUAUUAGAUGAACAAGUUGAGCAAAUUGAGAAAAAGACAUUGGAGAUUUAUAAUUCAACUUUACCUUCAAUUCACCUACCGAUGAACUCGGUUUUGAGAAAUUUACAGGAGCUAGGAGUUGUUUGGGAUAAUGAAUUUGUUGAAUUUGAAAAAGAUUUCUUACCAAGUGAAAAUGAAAUAGCAAGAAUAACUCAAUUUCACCUUAGGAAAUAUUUGAUAGACUUGAGGAAUGAAGUGAAAAAAGAAGAAGGCGAAGAACGGAAGGAGGUUAAUUCUAAAGAAGAGAAUGGAAUCAACGAAAAGAGUGAUACUAAAGUUCAAGAAGUUGCAGCUGAAGCAGAGUUGCCUAAGGAUGCAGAUUCGCAGAUUAAAACUCUAGAAAAUGAUCCAGAAAUUAAAUCUAGCUCACAGACUUCGAUGCCAAAACCCAAUGAGGAGGACUCUUCUACUUCCAAUGCCACUCGGUCGUCGCCAGAACUUCGGAAACAGAUUAGCAAAAUGAUUCCUUCUUCGCUUCUCACUGUCAACAAUCCACUGCCCUCUGUUAUGGAAAAGAUUCAUAAGAUGGAAGCAUUGUUGGAAUAUGAAAGGAAAGAUGGUCCGGUUCAGUCUCCAACGAAGAUACAACCCACUGUCUCUAGGCAGCAAUCCUCACUAGCCCCAAAAUCACCUUUAAAGAAAAUUGUACUUAGUAAUAAGCUGUCGGAGACAUCCCUUAUUACUAAUAAUAGUAAAGAUGCUCAAAAUCCUGCUUCAUCAAUGAACCCUCCUAACAAAGUACACAAUUUAGCAAACUUCUUUGAUCAAUUACACUUUGAACAAAUUUCAGCUGAAUUCAAGAAACAAAGAGAAAGGGAAUUACAGAAGAAAAUGAAUAGGUAUAAGGCAUUUCCGGUAGUAGCGUCCAAGCCUAUCGUUGAAAUUUAUAACAAGAUUGAAGACGCUGUGGAUGUUGAAGACAAAAGGGAUGCCAGCGAGUCUCGGAGACAUAGGGAGAAAGUUUUGUCUGGUGAAGACACAGGUAGUACAAACGAAUCUUACAAGGGCCCUGCUACUUUGAAUGGAAAAUAUAACAUUGCUGAUGAACAUGAUAGUACGUCUACAAAUGCGCUGAAUAAUAAAUUGCCCAGCUCUGACAUUCCGCAGCCAGAAAAGAAUUCACUUUUGAAGAAUCUAUCAAGCUUCUGGGCUGAUAGAUCAGCAACUCUUUGGGAACCUUUAGACUACCCUCUUUGUUCCUCUGAACAUACCUUUGCAGACUCCGAUGUGAUUGUUAGAGAAGAUGAGCCUUCCUCUUUGAUAGCUUUUUGUUUAUCAUCGACUGAUUACAAACAAAAACUUCAGUCUAUGUCAGAGUAUGAUCAAAAUCAAAAGGGUGGAGGAGCAACUGGCAACAAUGGUGCUGGUGGAGUUACCGUGAUUUCUAACGCAAUAAAUAGCAAAAAAGCAGCUCAAUUUGCUAGCAUUGAAAAGAAAUUUAAAAAGAAUAACUCAUCAGUACCAGGUGAGCUAGAGGAUAUUAUGAACAGAUUUUCGACUACACAUUUAAAGUACCAGUAUCUUGAUGGCCAGACAGCACUUUCUUGUAAGAUCUUCUAUUCCGAACAGUUUGAAGCUUUCCGUAAAGCCUGUGGGAAUGAAGACAGCUUCAUUCAAAGUUUAUCAAGAUGCGUUAAGUGGGAUUCCAGCGGAGGGAAAUCGGGAUCCUCCUUUUUGAAGACUUUGGAUAAUAGAUAUAUUGUUAAAGAGUUGUCCAAACAAGAAUUAGAAUCAUUCGUGGCUAUUGCCCCUUUCUACUUCAAGUACAUGUCUCAAUCUAUGUUCAAUACAUUAACCACUGCAAUCGCUAAGAUCUUCGGAUUUUAUCAAAUUCAUAUCAGAAACCCAACAACAGGGAAAAACUUUAAGAUGGAUUUCUUGAUUAUGGAGAAUUUGUUUUAUAAUAAGAAAACUACAAGAAUAUUUGAUUUGAAGGGAUCUAUGCGUAAUCGCCAUGUCCAGCAGACAGGCAAAGAAAAUGAAGUGUUGCUAGAUGAAAACAUGAUUGAGUACAUAUAUGAAUCGCCAGUUUUUGUCAGAGACCAUUCCAAGAAAUUAUUAAGAGGCUCAUUAUUUAAUGAUACUGCCUUCUUAUCUGCGAUGGACGUCAUGGAUUACUCUCUAGUGAUUGGAAUUGUUGAUGAAAACGACGAACAUGGGAAUAGCGACCCUAAUAAGAAGCAACUUUACGUUGGAAUUAUCGAUUGUAUUAGGACCUUUACCUGGGACAAAAAGGUAGAAAACUGGGUAAAAGGUACGAACUUGAUAGGUGGGAAGAAAGGGAAAGAUCCCACGAUUGUUACUCCAAAGCAGUAUCGUACAAGAUUUAGAGAGGCUAUGGAGAGGUAUAUUUUAGAAGUUCCAGAUUGUUGGUAUAACUUUUAG